UUGUUCUUACAAAAAAAAAAGUGAAAAUAAAAUAAUAAUAUCAGAAGUGACACUUGCUGUUUCUUAUUUCGCUCCCCUCAAGCUCCCUCUCCUUCUUUCUAUAUAUAUUAUACACACACACGUAUACACAUAUACACAACAUAAUUCACAACACAACACAAACACAUUUCUGAUUUCUACGUUGUUUCAAAACAUCAAAAAAAAAAAACAAAAAAUCUCAGAUUAAAUGGAAGUGAGUAGCGUAGACGAGAGUACUACAAGUACAGGUUCCAUCUGUGAAACUCCGGCGAUAACUCCGGCGAAAAAGUCGUCGGUGGGUAACUUAUACAGGAUGGGAAGCGGAUCAAGCGUGGUGUUAGAUUCAGAAAACGGCGUAGAAGCUGAAUCUAGGAAGCUUCCGUCGUCGAAAUACAAAGGUGUGGUGCCGCAACCAAACGGAAGAUGGGGAGCUCAGAUAUACGAGAAACACCAGCGCGUGUGGCUCGGUACAUUCAACGAAGAAGACGAAGCUGCUCGUGCCUACGACGUGGCGGUUCACCGGUUCCGUGGUCGUGACGCAGUCACAAAUUUUAAAGACGUGAGGAUGGACGAAGACGAGGUCGAGUUCCUGAAUUCUCAUUCGAAAUCUGAGAUCGUUGAUAUGUUGAGGAAACAUACUUAUAACGAAGAGUUAGAUCAGAGUAAACGGCGUCGUAACGGUAACGGCAACAUGGUUAGGACGAUGUUAACGUCGGGGUUGAGUAAUGAUGGUGUUUCGACGACGGAGUUUAGAUCGGCGGAGGCACUGUUUGAGAAAGCGGUAACGCCAAGCGACGUUGGGAAGCUAAACCGUUUGGUUAUACCGAAACAUCACGCGGAGAAACAUUUUCCGUUACCGUCAAGUAACGUUUCCGUGAAAGGAGUGUUGUUGAACUUUGAGGAUGUUAACGGGAAAGUGUGGAGGUUCCGUUACUCGUAUUGGAACAGUAGUCAGAGUUAUGUUUUGACUAAAGGUUGGAGCAGGUUCGUUAAGGAGAAGAAUCUACGUGCUGGUGACGUGGUUAGUUUCAGUAGAUCUAACGGUCAGGAUCAACAGUUGUACAUUGGGUGGAAGUCGAGAUCCGGGUCGGAUUUAGAAACGGGUCGGGUUUUGAGAUUGUUCGGAGUUAACAUUUCACCGGAGAGUUCCAGAAACGACGUCGUAGGGAACAAGAGAGUGAACGAUACUGAGAUGUUAUCGUUGGUGUGUAGUAAGAAGCAACGCAUCUUUCACGCCUCGUAACAACUCUUCUUCUUUUUUUUCUUUUGUUGUUUUAAUAAAACAAAUUUAAUUCCACUUUCGUUUUCUUUAUCUGCAUCGGUUUCUUCUUUUUUUAUACCCAAGGUUCAUGAGUUGUUUUUGCUGUAUUGAUGAACUGUAAAUUUUAUUUAUAGGAUAAAUUAAAAAGGGUUGUACUUAGAAUUUCUCAAGAGUUUCAUAAGCAUGAGAUGAUGAGAAUGUUUUUACCAAAUCUUACCUUGUUUCUUUUCAUUUUAUGUGUAUGGAACUCGUAUUUAUAUG